GCAGCGUUGCAUAAAUUCAUCGCCGUCAGCGAUGCGUAAGCCUUUUCGAAGCGAAGAUCAACACUCCUGAUCAAGCCUCUCCGUCCCUACACACGUUACAAGUCCGUCUGCAACAGGUGCGAGCCUUAUGGGACAAAGUGGAAAGAGAAAGGAUCCCUCGACACAAUGCCUAUUCUCCAGGCCAAAUAUGACUACUGCUACUCAGUAUACGAGUCAUGUGCAGCACAAAUCGGCGAAACAAUCGACAGAGCAACGCCUCAAGUCGCGCAAGCACCCUCUCAGCCGCUAAUUGCGUCCGGCUGCCGCUUACCUCCAUGCGACACGGAAGUCUUCGAUGGCGACUACCUCCGAUGGCCCACUUUCCGGGACCUAUUCACGGCAAUUUACGUAAACAACCCCAGGUUGACUCCGGUCGAGAAGCUAUUCCACCUCCUUACCAAAACAAGUGGCGAAGCAAAAGCCAUCGUGGCGAAAUCUCCUCUCACGAAUGAUGGUUUUGCUUCGGCUUGGGAGGCGCUUCGAGAUCGGUUCCAAAAUAAGCGACUUUUAGUCAACAGCCAGCUCAAGCUUCUUUUUAACUUGAGUUCAAUUUCGCAAGAAUCUGGUCAUGCUUUAAAAGAGCUACAAUCCACGAUUCAGGGGUGUUUAACAGCACUGGCGCAUUCCCAGGUAUCCACAGAAAACUGGGAUUGUCUCUUGGUUUUCCUUUGCGCGAGCAAACUGCCCAAGCAGACCCUGUCCUUAUGGGAACAGUCGCUAACGGCCAAAUCCGAAAUCCCAGCUUGGGAAGAAAUGAAUGCCUUCCUGAGCGAAAGGUAUCGGACAUUGGAAGCCAUCGAAGAUAUGAAACCGACUCAGGCGGUUCCAAAAAGGCUUCAAUCCUUCGAGACAAAGGUCAGCACCAAACAGAAAGGGUGUGACUUAUGUUCUAAGGAGAACCAUCCGGUACGAUUGUGCCCGCGUUUUCUUCAAAUGUCUGUUGACUCGCGCUCCGGGUAUAUCAAAAAGAAGCAGCUAUGUCUGAAUUGUUUUGCCAGAGGUCAUCAGCUACGUGACUGCACAAGCACGCACAGCUGCUUUACAUGUAAGGGCAGGCACCAUACGCUGCUGCAUCGCAGCCCCCCAAAUUCCGAAAAUGCGAGUUCCUCAACCUCGCCCCCUACACAGCAACUUCCGAGACACUCUAGCAGAAAUGCAUCGGCAAGCACCUCAGCGGUGCAAACUUUCUUCGCGUCCGGCACUUCAGCCGUCCUACUGAGCACAGCGAUGAUUGACGUGUGCCAUUUGGGGACGAACUACCGAGCCCGAGCCUUAAUCGACUCGGGAUCCGAGGCGACGUUCAUUUCAGAACGCCUGUUCAACCUCAUCAAGUUGCCAUUCCGCAACACCCAGACCCAAGUCUCCGGGUUAAAUCAUUCGGUCUCCGCGAAAUCCUCGAAGCUGUGUCACUUCGGGAUUCGCGUUCCUACUAAGCCAGGUCUACAGUUAGACACUGAAGCGUACGUCCUUCCGGAGCUCUCAGGCAAACUGCCCUCCUAUCCGAUCCCUCGGAAUUCUUUGAAGGACCUGCCCGCACUCCGCUGGGCAGAUCCUACCUUUUUUGAGAGCUCUCAAAUUGAUGUACUGAUCGGGGCUGACAUUCUACCAUCCAUAAUGAUGGAUGGCACCCGACAAAAUAUUUGCGGCUCGCUCCUGGGCCAAGAAACUAUUUUCGGGUGGGUGCUAACGGGGCCGAUUUCCAAGGGUAAGCCGAAACGGGUCGCAUCCUUCACGACCCAGGUGCACCAAACAGGCGACCCUGAUUCGCUCGACACGCUUCUCAGCAAGUUCUGGGAGGUGGAGGAUCUACCAGUAAAGAUGGUAAAAGAGUCGGACUCCUAUUGUGAAAGGAACUUCCUCCAAACAACAACAAAAGACGCAAGCGGGAGGUACGUGGUGACGCUCCCGUUCCGGGAUCCCGAGAAUACCGGAUCCGAUUUAGGAUAUUCAAGGUCCAUUGCGCUAGCUCAGUUUCUGAGAAACGAAAAUCGUUUAAAAAGAGACUUUCCAUUAAAAGAGCAAUAUGACAGCGUGAUCCAGGAGUACCUGGAUCUGGGUCAUAUGAAAGAAGUUCCGCCGACUCACAAUUCUCCCUCGUAUCAUCUUCCUCAUCACGCGGUAGUUAAGCCCGAAAGCACCACUACAAAGCUUCGCGUUGUAUUCAACGCUUCAAGUCCGUCGGCAAAUGGGACCAGCUUAAAUGAUAUUCUUCAUGCUGGUCCAGUCCUACAAUCCGAUCUAACGAUCCAGGUCCUGAAAUGGCGUUAUUUUCAAUACGUCUUCAGUGCAGACAUUACGAAAAUGUAUCGUCAGAUCUGGGUCGAUCCAAAACAUACCCCGUUUCAAAGAAUUCUGUUCCGAAACAAGGAAGGAGAUAUCCGAGACUUCGAAUUAAAAACAGUUACCUUCGGGGUCAACUGCGCCCCCUUCCUCGCCAUUCGAGUCUUGCAACAGCUGGCAGAGGAUAUCCAAGUGCCAUUUCCAAAUGCCAGCCGCAUCAUCCAGCAGCACAUGUACGUCGACGACGUUCUGGCAGGGGCGAAUUCCGUAAUCGAAGCCCAAAGUUCAAUUCGAGAGUUGCAAGCAGCCCUAAGUGCCUCCGGGUUUCCGCUAAGAAAGUGGACCUCGAACAACAAAAGCCGAGAAGUUUUGUCCCAAAUCGCUAGGUUGUUCGAUCCUGCCGGGUGGCUCGCGCCGUUCAUAAUCCGUUCAAAAAUGUUCAUGCAGGAGAUUUGGUUGCAAAACUUAGGCUGGGACGAUAAGCUUCCCACUGAAAUGUGUCAGCGGUGGCAAUCGUUUUUAGACGAGUACUCCGACCUCAACCAGAUCCGCGUUCCGAGAUGGAUCUGGUACCAGCCUGAGGUAAUCAUAGAGCACCACGGGUUCUGUGACGCGUCUCAGAGAGCCUAUGGAGCGGCUAUAUACAUCCGCGUCGAGAUGGGGCAAAAGAUCCUGACUCGCCUGCUUACAGCCAAAACACGAGUGGCCCCGGUAAAAACCGUCUCCCUUCCUCGGCUAGAGCUCUGUGGUGCCGUGCUGUUAACCGAAAUGGUGACCACAAUUCUUCCGCACAUGCCCUCCGCCAGUUCAGAUAUCCGCUGCUGGACAGAUUCCACAAUCGUCUUAGCCUGGCUACGAAAGCCUGCGUGCAACUGGACCACAUUUGUGGCCAACAGAGUUGCCAAGAUCACGCAGGCGACGCCAGUCGACUGUUGGGCACACGUUCGCUCAGAACAAAACUCCGCCGAUCUAGCCAGUCGAGGCGUAUCCCUACAUGAAUUGGCAGAAAACCAUCUCUGGUGGCACGGACCAGAGUGGCUGCAAGGGCCACGAGAGCUAUGGCCAGCACAAAGCGACACUCUUCCAGUGACAGAGCUAGAGCAGCGCGCGGUCAAAGUGCAUUUUGUCAAGGGCCCGUCCAUCGACUUUCUUGAACGUUUCUCCAAAUUGGACAAGGCCCUGCGAGUUCUGGUCUAUGUUCAACGCUUCCUUAAACGCUGCCGCAAAGGUUCGUUCUUGCCCAGUUCACGACCUACCAGUAAAGAGAUCCGAGAGGCAGAACGAACUCUGACCUCCAUUGCGCAGCGCAGAGCAUAUGGCCAAGAGCUUCAGCAUCUGACCGAGAAAAGGCCUCUUCCAGUGUCAAGUCCUUUGGUGAAUUUGUUCCCGUUCAUUGACCAACACGGCCUUUUAAGGGCGUGCGGCCGUCUCACUGCAUCCCAAACCCUGCAAUAUGAUGAACGUCAUCCGAUUCUUCUCCCCUAUGACUGUAGACUGUCGCGCCUCAUCGUCCAAUUUACUCACCAAAUUACUCUUCAUGGCGGUAGUCAAUUGAUCGUACGCCUGAUCCGAACAAAGUAUUGGAUUCCUAAAAUCAAGAAUCUGGUGAAGGCUGUGGUCAAUCCGUGUAAGAUUUGCACGAUUUACAAGAAGAGGCUCCAAACACAGCUGAUGGGCGACUUCCCGACAGAUAGAGUCUCCUUUUCAAGGGCGUUCACCUACACGGGUAUCGACUAUGCCGGCCCUUUCGAAAUAAAAAAUUAUACAGGGAGAGCGUGUCUCAUAACGAAGGGAUAUGUUUGUGUGUUUGUGUGCUUUUCCACGAAGGCUAUCCAUUUGGAACCCACUUCCGAUCUAACAACCAAGAAAUUUCUAGCGGCCUUUGCUCGUUUCGUAGCGAGGCGCGGUUGUCCUCAGCGGGUCCAUUCGGAUAAUGGUAAAACCUUUGUGGGGGCGGCAACUUUGAUUUCCAGGGACUUUCUCCAAGCUAUCAAAGAGUCCGUGACUGAUGCAUAUAGCCAUCAGGGACUCGUAUGGCGGUUCAUCACCAGGGGCUCCACAUAUGGGGGGUUUGUGGGAAGCAGGGGUGAAAAGCUU